UGAUCUCUGUAGGUUCUCGGUGUGGUACGGUGGGACGCAGACGAUGGCACCACGCCGGAUCAGAUCAGAUCUAAAUGGGUUCUAAUCUCACAGAUCACAUCUACAGGAGUUGAGAACAGGAGGUGUUGAGUACCAACAUUAUGCCACAAACCAUUUCCUGUGAUGAAGCCGCUGACUCCUCCUCUCCUGAUCCAGCGGUCAGUCAGAACUCUCCCAUCGGCUCCACCCUCCCACCCUUGUCGCUUCCAGCGCUGCCCACUGAUGUCUCACCUGCACAGGCUCCGCCUCCUUCACUACCUGUAACCCCUGAGCCUGCACCUCACCACGAACUGACCAAUGAGAUGGAAGGAGCGACUACAGACCAAACGAAGGGUAACAUGUCUGUGAUCCAUGAGUGUGGUGGCAAGAAGAGGAACAGCAAACCAAAGAUCAUGAAGCUUAAAUACCAUCAGUACGUUCCUCCAGACCAAAAGACACAGAAAGGAACCACUCCACUGGACUACAACCAGCUGCUCCACCUACAGCUACACAUCAUCAAACAAACACCACACCACUACCCCAUCAUCCUUCCUGCCCCACCCAGGGUCUGUUCCAGGUCUCCAGCAGAUCAGCAAACAAACACCAAUAAGAACGUUGUGAUGGAUCUACCAGCUCCGCUACCCAACCUGGAGAAACUGAAGGUGGUGCAGCUGAAGCUGGAGCUGAAGCGCAGGGGGCUCAACGUAUCGGGCACCAAAAACAAACUGAUUGAGCGGCUCAAGAACUUCCACCAGCUCCGCCUACUGCAGCCUACCGACCAAUCAGGGACCAGAGUGGCAAACAGUUCAGCCGUGGUUCCUAUAGGAGAGGUUCAACAUGAGCCCACAUAUCAGCCUACAGAUCAGCCCACAGAUCAGCCCACAGAUCAGCCUUCUGAUGGCACUGCCAGCCCAACACACCCCGGAUCUCCUGCCCACUCUGACCAGUCAUUGGACGAAAUGAGUCCUGAUGGGUGGAGCCUAAAUGACGCAGCUGAAACGAUGGUGAGUUCUCCACUCCACCACUACUCAUCUCCAUCCAGUAAAGACAAUGUACGUGACCCCUACACCGCCCCCUUCAUGCCUCAUACUCUCUGUCAGAUGACCCCGCCCGCUCCACACGAUGGCCCCUCCCACCCGUCAGAUAAAGACCGGAUAAUGAAGGAGAAGGAUCGACGAAUCUCAGAGCUCACGCUCAUGCUGCAGGAGAAACAGCGACUCGUGGAGGAGCUUCGAUCCAAACUGCAGGGCCAAAAAGCUGAAGAUGGGGCCUCAGCCGGGGUGGGGGGUGUGGAUGAGUCCCAGCCUCAGAGGGAGGAGCCUCAGAGGGAGGAGUUCAGACCGCUCAGACACACCCAUCACCAGAGGAAGAGAUCCUACAAACAGCUCCAGGUCACGCCCACCUGCUCACCCUGCCAAUCACCAGCUGCCAUGGAGAACAGUCACGUCCAGUCAAAACAGCAGAAAAUCUUCAAGCAGCCAAUCAGAAAGACACUCAAACCUGAGAAACGCACAUCAACCAAUCAGAUCAAAGAUCGUCCAGCCAUGCCUGCACUGAACUUUAUUGAUGUGGUAGGUUCUCCCCUCUCUGAAGAGACAGUUCGGUCCUCAUCAAAACACAUGAGAAAGAGGCUUAAACACCAGAUAAUUUCUUCAAGUGAUGUCCUGGUCCAUAAUGGAGCUUCAAUUCCUCCACAAAGCCCCUCAAAUCAAACCCCACCAUCAUCAUCAUCGGAACCACGUUCGAGCCACAAACGCGUCACUCGAAAUGAACCCGACAGCUCCGGAGGUGGCCGUCUGGAGGACUUCCUGGAGAGCACCACCGGCAAGCCCCUGCUUGGGCUGGAACCCGGAGGACACGCGACUCUGAUCGAUGAGCUUCACAGCCAGCUGCUGAGCACAGCGAGCAUCCUGGAUGGCCUGCCAUCGCCCAUGGAUUCGUAUGAUCUCGGCCUGACACCGUCGGGAUCCGGCCUCGAGGGCAUGGAUUGGCUGGAGGGUAGAGCCGCUGGAGCUGCAGACACAGCAAUGAAUGGACAUCAUUCCUCCAGUGUGUUUUCCACAGACUUCCUGGAUGGCACGGAUCUUCAUCUGCACUGGGACACCAGUUUAUUAAGUGUGUGAAGAUAUGCAUCACGUUUACAGUUACUUUGAUUUUCCAAAGCCACCAUCAAGGAGGGUUGGGGGGCAAGAGGGGUAUCUUGGUGGAGUUGGAAUUUGAACUGACAAUCUUCUGAUUUAGGGCUUGUAGGUCAUGUUUAGCCAUAUUCAUCCUUUUGCUGUUUGGGCAAAUAAAUCAAUAAAAGAAAUAUAAACAUACAAACUGAAAAAGAUGCAGUCGGCUACUGCACACCUGUCAGAGGGAGCUUGUGCUAGUCAUGGCUCUCCUCUGGUUUUUUGGAAAUAAGACCCUCAUGGACUCGUACCCCAGUGGAUAGAUUCAGGUAAGCUGAUGUCAGAAGACACAUCAAUUGCUCAGGUACGGAGUUGCAAGCUGAUCCAAAGCAUAAAUACAAACACUAGUAUGUGACCUACAACCCCAAAUCAGAAAAAGUUGGGACAGUAUGAAAAAUGAUUAAAAAAUAAUAAUAAUAAAAAACAGAGUUUCUUAAA